AUGAGCCCCCCUCCAAGCACUCCUACGCCAAGAAGGUUUCUUCUUCCAAAGAGGGUUACGCAAUCAUCUCAAACUCCUACCGGACUUCCGCGGUUUCAGUCAACCCCUCGUUUCGCCUCCUCUUCUGUUCCUAGGCCGACACAGGUAAGAGCUGGCAUUGACAUUGAGGACGUUGAAGAAGUCGAAGAUCGCCCCAAAGGUAGUUCUCAAGACAGCCAGGGCGAUCAGUUCGCACCGAGGAAGUAUGAGUCGCUCCACGAUUCUAUUGAGGUCGAGUCCGAUGACGCAACAGCUUCGCAAGAUGCUAGUUCAGCCGUAUCGGACAACGACAUAGAUAUCAAAAACUCAGGCUUUGUUGACCGGGAGGCUUCCAACGCGCCAAGCCUACCGCACGAGGCUUCUCCGUUAGAAGAGCGGGAGUCGAAACGGCAAAGAGUAUCAAUUUCUCCCAUGCAAGAGUCAAGCCCAGUAGAAGAGCAGCACUAUAUGGUCGACGAGGACUCCGACGAGGACCCAGAAGAUAUGAACGAGAGAGAGCACACAGAGACACAGGAUUCUACACAAAGUAUUCAAGAUGCUAUCCUUCCCUAUGAUGAGUCGAAGGCACUUCAUCAACCAACAUUCCGCGAACCACCACGCUUCAAACAAGUUGAACUCGACACCGCAGUGAACGGUGUUCCAGCAGUAUUUUCUCCUCAGCGUCGAGGGGCGAAAUACAUAGCCGGAGGACUCGCCGCUGAACUACAAGGAUGGCUGUCUGAGGUAAAAGGCUGGGAAGGUGUAGUGCCAGCCCCUGCCUCAAGCAUCAACGUGACAGUUGAGGAAGUUCGAGUAGGUCAAAGCAUGUAUCUGGUUAGAGGUCGUUCCGGCACGUCCGAAGGAAAGAAGUUCUUGCUUGCCGGUGAGGGUAGACUGACGGGUCUAGGACAGAGGAUGCCUAUGAGUGUUGGGAGUGUCAUUGAGGUGGGACAGCCAGUGUGGGAUAUUGAGAUGAAGGGGGAGGUUUGGACGGUGGCAUGCGACUGGAGAGUAUCUUGA